CUCACACCUCCUCCUCCUGGUGUCCUGCCCUCAAGACGGACCGGUAGCCGCCUCUGCUCCUUUAAGGCAAUGAGGAAUUAAAGCGUCUACAGGGACAGGGGGAGAGUGUUAUUCUGUGUAUUGCUCAGAGACUCCGUGAGGCUGCGAUUAGAGAUCGACAGCGGGGAAGAUGUGCUUGGUCGCUCCUUGCUGGACGCAAAGAGGCGGUGAAGAUGGUGUGACUUUGGAGUCAGAAAAAAACUGCGUCUUUUUCAUUGCUUUUUUUGCUUAAUUGCUCUAUUAGUUGGACUAUUUUUAAUUGUCUGAAACUAUUUUUUUCCCUCAAGGAUGAACCGAGAGUUUUUGUUUAAAUUAGAUAAUCGAAGCUUUUGAUGUUUUUUUUUCUUCCUUUUUCUUCUUAUUUGUUUUGGAGAUUUAGUUCGGGGCUGAUUUGGAAAAUUAUUUCUGGCACCAGGACCCGGCUCUGACUCAGCAUCACACACACCUGGGCUUUACCACUUCAGCAUCCCCUUUUGAAUAACAGGGAGAAGCAGCAAGACGCGGAGCACAAGAGGAGAGUCUGCGCGCAGCGCUCUCCCCAAGACAAUCACAGAGCCUCAUUCUGUCCAAGCGCAAAAAAAGAAAACACAAAAGACAUAGGUCAGCGACGCGAAAUAAAAGUAGGAAAGAAAAAAAAAAUUUAAAAAGUAUAGAGACCCGGACUGGUUCGCUUCAAGACACACGCAAAUGUUUAACCUUACACUAGGCGCACUGAAGAGAAACCCAGGGAGGCACCGGUCGGAGGAAGACGAGAAAGCAUAGCUUUAGGGGGAUUGAACGGAGCAGGGCAUGUGGAUAUUGGCUUUUAUCUUCCUCCAGAGCAUCUUGAAUGUUUUCGGUGAAGAUCUGCAUUCCAGCCUAUACUUUGUCAAUGCAUCUCUGCAAGAGGUAGUAUUUGCCAGCACAACGGGGACUUCGGUUCCCUGUCCUGCUGGGGGAGCGCCGCCCGCGUCGCUGCGGUGGUAUUUGGCUACCGGGGAGGAGAUCUAUGAUGUCCCGGGCAUUCGCCAUGUCCAUCCUAAUGGAACUCUUCAAAUCUUCAACUUCCUGCCAUCCAGCUUCAGCAAGCUGAUCCAUGACAACACAUAUUACUGCACUGCCGAGAAUCCUUCUGGCAAGAUCAGGAGCCAGGAUGUCCACAUCAAAGCUGUUUCACGGGAACCCUACACAGUCAGAGUGGCUGACCAGAAGGCUAUGCGAGGCAGUGUGGCCGUCUUCAAGUGCAUUAUCCCCGCUUCUGUGGAGGCCUAUGUCUCCGUCGUAUCAUGGGAAAAAGACACAGUUUCACUCAGCUCAGGACAAAGAUAUCUCAUCACAUCUACGGGAGCCUUGUACAUUGUGGACGUCCUGCCUGAGGAUGGCCUAAAUAACUACCGCUGCACAACACGCCACCGGUACACCGGUGAGUCACGGCAGAGCAACAGCGCGCGUCUCAUUGUGUCAGAUCCCACCAAUGCUGAGCCAGCCAUCUUGGACGGCUUUGACCACAAAGAGGUGAAGAUUAAUCAUCGAGUGGAGCUGCCCUGUAAGGCCUCAGGCUUCCCCACACCCAAAUACCGCUGGCUGAAGGACAACAGCCCCUUGGAGCCAGACAGUCGCUUUCGCCAGACCAUCUCAGGGUUGCUCAUAGAGAAUGCACAGCCCAUUGAUUCGGGAACAUAUGUAUGUGAAGUUUGGAACAGCUAUGGCAACGCAGAGGUCAUGGGUCGCCUGUAUGUUAAGCAGCCCUUGAAGGCAAUGGUCAGUCCUCGAAAAGUGAAAGGCAGUGUGGGAAGCAAGGUGUCUCUGUCUUGUAGCGUGAGCGGUUCCGAUGAAUACGAGCUCUCUUGGUAUCGCAAUGGAGAGAUCAUCUACCCUGGAAACAAUGUUCGCUUCACAGGGCUUAACCGGGAGAACAUAAUCAUCGAGGGAAUGACGAAAAGUGAUGGCGGAGCUUAUCAGUGCUUCGCCAGGAAGGGCAAGAUGUCGGCACAAGACUUCGUACAGGUUAUCCUUGAAGACGGGACCCCAAAAAUCUUAUCCUCUUUCAGCGAGAAGGUGGUGAACCCUAACGAACCCCUGUUCCUAGUCUGCAACGUGAAGGGAACGCCGCCUCCCAGGUGCAGCUGGUCGCUGGAUGAUGACCCCGUCAUCAAAGAUGCCCAUCACCACCUGGGCCAUUAUGAGACCCACGAGGGCCACGUGGUUAGCCAGCUCAACGUGACCCACACUCAGGUGCCGGACGGCGGGUUGUAUCGGUGCACGUGCAGCAACUCGGCCGGGGUCGUGUACCACCAGGCUCGAAUAAACGUAAGAGGCCGAGCAAGCAUCCGCCCAAUGAAAAACAUCACAGCAAUUGCGGGACGGGACGCCUUUGUUCACUGCCGUGUGAUUGGCUACCCUUACUACUCCAUAAAGUGGUACAAAAACUCGGUUUUGCUCCCUUUCAAUCACCGACAGCGAGCUUUUGAGAAUAACGGUACCUUGAAGUUGAGCAACGUGCAGCAGGUGGAUGCUGGGGAGUACAACUGCAAGGUGAUGGUUCAACCCAACAAGAUGGAGUCCCAAAGUGUCCAUGUUCGGGUUAGAGUCCCUCCAUACAUCCAGCCCUUUGAGUUUCAGCGCUUCACUAUCGGUCAGCGUGUGUUCAUACCUUGCGUGGUCAUGUCGGGCGACCGGCCACUAGAUAUCACCUGGCAGAAAGAUGGACGGCCAAUCCCCGCCAGCUUGGGUGUGACGGUCGACAACAUCGACUUCACCAGCUCACUGCGAAUAAACAACCUGACACCUGACCACAACGGCAACUACACCUGCAUCGCCCGAAACGAGGCCGCUGUUGUAGAGCAUCAGAGUCAGCUUAUUGUUCGAGUUCCACCUCAGUUUGUGGUUCAGCCUGAGGAUCAAGAUGGAAUCUAUGGGAAAACUGUGACCCUUAACUGCUCUGCUGAAGGCUAUCCACCACCCACUAUUGUUUGGGAACACUCAAAAGGUGCCGGCGUCCCCCAGUUUCAGCCCAUCCUCCUGAACAGCGGCUCUCGAAUCCAGCUACUGAGCAACGGCUCGCUGCUCAUCAAACAUGUUCUGGAGGACGACAGUGGCUUCUACCUGUGUAAGGUCAGCAACGACGUCGGAGCUGAUGUCAGCAAGUCCAUGUACCUCACCGUCAAAAUACCAGCCAUGAUCACCUCCUACCCAAACACCACUCUGGCCACACAAGGCGAGGAGAAGAGGAUGAGCUGCAUCGCUCACGGGGAGAAACCCAUCAUGGUGCGCUGGGAGAAAGAGGAGCGAAUCAUCAACCCCGAGACCAGCCGAUACGUGGUUACUGUCAAAGAGGUGGCUGACGAAGUCAUCUCAACACUGGUGAUCAUGCCAACUGUUCGUGAGGACUCAGGGUUCUUCUCCUGUCAUGCCAUCAACUCCUUCGGCGAGGACAGAGGCAUCAUACAGCUGACAGUGCAAGAACCACCUGAUCCUCCAGAGGUGGAGAUCCGGGAGGUGAAAGAUCGAACCAUCGCUCUCCGCUGGACCAUGGGGUUUGAUGGCAACAGUCCUAUCACAGGAUAUGAUAUUGAGUGCAAGAACAAAUCAGCUUCUUGGUUGUCAGCCCAGGUAACCAAAGAUGUGUCACCACAGCUUAACCAAGCCACUAUUAUAGACCUCCACCCUUCCUCCACCUACAACAUCCGCAUGGUUGCCAAGAACAUUAUUGGCAACAGCAACCCCAGCAAUGAACUCACCAUUACUACUGAUGAAGCAGCUCCUGACGGCCCUCCACAAGAUGUCACUCUGGAGCCCACGUCCCCACAGAGCAUCAAAGUGUCUUGGAAGCCUCCCCAGAAGCAUCUGCAGAACGGUGUGAUUCGCGGCUACCAGGUGGGCUACAGGGAGUACAGUCCUGGUGGGAGUCACCAGUUUACUAUUAUCAGCGUGGAUUCGACAGGAGACACCACAGAGAACAUCGUGUUGGACAACCUGAAGAAGUUCACUCAGUACAGUGUGGUGGUCCAGGCUGCAAACAGAGCUGGAACAGGACCGUCUUCACAGCAGGUGGUAACCAAGACCCUGGAGGAUGUGCCGUCUCGACCUCCUGAAAAUGUCUUGGCAGUGGCCAAAUCUCCAGAGGUGAUUUCACUGUCCUGGAUGUCUCUGCCCAGAGAAGCUCUCAAUGGGAACCUGCAGGGCUACAGAGUAAUCUACUGGGCCAACCUGCCUGAUGGAGAACUGGGUGAAAUUAGGAACGUGACAACCGAUCAGCCGUCUCUGGAGCUGAAUGGGUUGGAGAAGUACACCAACUACAGCAUCCAGGUCUUAGCCUUCACUAACGCUGGAGACGGAGUCCGCAGUGAACAGAUUUAUGUUCGCACCAAAGAGGAUGUUCCUGGUCCACCAGCAGGAGUGAAGGCUGCGGCCAACAGCAGCUCGGCUGUGUUUGUCUCCUGGCUGCCUCCACUUAAACUUAAUGGCAUCAUCAGAAAAUACAUCGUCUUCUGCUCUAACCUGCAUCCCAUGGUGAUGAGUGAGUUUGAGGCUUCUCCCGAUAAAUAUUUUUACAUGAUCCCAAAUUUGGUUCGAAACAGACAGUACAGCGUCUGGGUGGUGGCAGUGACUGCUGCGGGGCAUGGCAACAACAGUGAGAAGAUCACAGUAGAGCCUCUGGCCAAAGCUCCAGCUAGGAUCUUGACGUUUAAUGGCACAGUCACCACUCCCUGGAUGAAGGACAUUGUUUUACCUUGCAAAGCUGUUGGGGACCCUCCUCCCACCAUCAAGUGGCUUAAGGGAAACACAAAUGGGACACCUACACCUGUUAUCGUGGAUGGUCGCCGUAGCGUCCAGGGGAAUGGGAGCUUCAUUAUCCGCACAGUGAAAGCAGAGGACUCUGGGAACUACAGCUGUGUGGCCAGUAACAACUGGGGGUCAGAUGAGAUCACACUGAACCUGCAGGUCCAAGUACCCCCGGACCAGCCACGUCUCACAGUUACCAAGACUACCACCACAUCAAUCACAUUGUCAUGGAUACCUGGAGACAACGGCGGGAGCUCUAUCAGAGGUUACAUUCUGCAGUACUCAGAGGACAACAGUGAACAAUGGGGCAGUUUUCCCAUCAGCCCCAGUGAGCGGUCAUAUCGUCUGGAGAACCUGAAGUGUGGCACAUGGUACAAAUUCACCCUGACAGCGCAGAACGCCGUGGGCCCAGGACGCAUCAGCGAGAUCAUUGAAGCAAAAACCCACGGGAAAGAACCACAAUUUGCCAAAGAACAUGAAAUCUUCACCAGCAUCAACUCCUCCCGGGCCAGGCUCAACCUGGCUGGCUGGAACAAUGGCGGCUGUCCAAUCACCUCCUUCAUUCUGGAAUACCGCGCGGUGGAUUCAGCCACAUGGACAACAGCCCAGCGCACCUCGCUCACCAAGAGUUACAUCCUGUACGACCUGCAGGAGGCGACAUGGUAUGAGCUGCAGAUGAAGGUCACCAACAGCGCCGGCUCAGCGGAGAAACGGGUCACCUUCGCUACUCUAAAUGCCGAUGGAAGUACCAUCCCUCCUCUGCUGAAGACAGGAGAUCCCAUCUCAGACAACAUGUCAGGCAGCGGAGGGCUGAAGAUGGUGGUGACCAUCACCUCAGUUCUAGUUGUGGCUGUGCUUGUUUUCAUAAUGCUAAUGGUGCUAAAGAGGAGACGGAGGGAGCAAAGGCUCAAAAGACUCAGAGAUGCCAAAAGCCUGGCAGAAAUGCUGAUGAGUAAAAACACACGGACGCCAGACACGGUGAACAAGCAGCAGCAGACACUGAGAAUGCACAUUGACAUCCCCAGAGCACAGCUCCUCAUUGAAGAGCGGGACACAAUGGAAACUAUUGACGACAGGUCCACUGUGCUGCUGACAGACAAUGACUUUGGGGAGACCAAUAAGCAGAAGUCUUCCACGGUGACCCACACAGUCCACUACCAGUCUCUGUCUCAGGCCACUGGGCCCCUGGUGGAUGUAUCCGAUGCCAGGCCUGGAACCAGUGAGUCCCACCACCACCCCACUGCCAGACGCACUGCCAAAGCUGGACCUGCUGCAGCACGGAGCCGCUACGCCAGCCAGUGGACUCUGAACCGGCCGCAUCCCACCAGCUCCUCACACACCCUGACCACUGACUGGAGACUCCCCACACCGCGCGCCACUGGAUCUGUGGACAAAGAGAGUGACAGCUACAGCGUCAGCCCCUCACAGGACACAGAUCGCGCACGGAGCAGCAUGGUCUCAACAGAGAGUGCAUCUUCCACCUACGAAGAGCUGGCCAGAGCCUAUGAGCACGCCAAGAUGGAGGAGCAGCUCCGUCAUGCAAAGUUCACCAUCACAGAGUGCUUCAUCUCUGACACAUCGUCCGAGCAGAUGACAGCAGGGACCAACGACUACACCGACAGCCUGACCUCCAGCACACCAUCGGAGUCGGGCAUCUGCCGCUUCACCGCUUCCCCGCCCAAACCUCAGGAUGUUAGCAGGGUCAUGAACAUGGCCGUGCCCAAGGCGCACAGACCAGGAGGAGAGUUGGUCCACUUACCGCCCUACCUCCGUAUGGACUUCCUGUUGAACCGUGGCGUGCCUCUGCCAGCCCGAGGAGGGGGGGUCAGCAGCAGUAGUGGCAGCAGUAGCAGCGGGGGAGGCGGUGCAGGAGCUGCUGGACCGAGCGGAGGUGGUGUUGGUGCUGCCGGGGAAUCAAGAGGAGGCGGAGGAGCCAUGGGUCAGGCCUGCCUUGAACCCCAGAGGAGUCGUACCCUAAAGAGGCCUCCUCCGAUGGAGCCCACACCCAUGGAAGUGCCCUCUCCCAGGGAGGUGCAACAGUGGCAGCCAGGAACUGCCUCUACCCUUCCACACAGGGAUGUCCGGGAGAGGGGGGAGGCCCGGGGCGAGGUCCGAGGAGAGGCGCCCCCCUCAGGAGAUUUAGCCCAAGCACAGGCUGCCAAGCUCAGCACCUCACAGGAGUCACUGCUGGAUUCCAGAGGACACCUGAAACAGAGCAACAACCCUUAUGCCAAGUCUUACACUCUGGUAUAACACUGGGACACACAGGACUGCUUCAGACAAACAGGACUGCUGCAGACACAAUCUGAGAGGAAGAACAAAAGACAGACGACCGGCACAGGAAGGACAGAUUACCACAACAGAAACUGUUGUACAUAGAGCUGUUUCUGACAUGCGUCUAAAGUGGAUGCUUUUCUUUGAGUCUGUCUUUCUUUCUUUGACUCUUUUCUUUCUGUCCUCUCUUGCUCUUCACUGAUGCUUUCACACGUUUCUUUCUCUCACAACCUGCUCCUCUUCAGAAAGGUUUUCUCUCACAGUUCUUAUUUUCUACUUGAGUAUUCUUUUAUUCUAAAGUGACAAAAUAAGAGGAUGGCCAAAAUGAUUUAUUUAAAAUUUGAGAAAGAUUAAAAAAAAAAAAUAUUGAAUUUAUAUCAAGGACAGUUAUAGUCAUUAAUAAUAUUAUUAAUAUUGUAUAAAAACAGAAAAUAUCUAAAAAAUAUGAAAGGGAAACGGAAGAGGACUCUGAAGCACUCUGCAGGAGAAUGUUGCUUUCUUAAUUUAUUUUUAUUUUUCAUUGUUGAAGUGUAAUGAAAUAUGUGAUUGGGUAACAAUGAAGAUUUUAACACAGCGAAGAGCCCAUAGCGGAGGAGGAAGCGUGAUGCCAGACAGGACCGCCAAUGCUGACCAAUCGAAAUGUUUUUCAGACUCCCUGACAACUUGCAUGGCGACUGAUCAAAUGACAAUUACUAGGAAUGGCUGGAAAUCCAAAAAAAAAAAAAAAAAACAAACAAAAAAAAAAGAUAAUUUUGUCACUCUGAGAAAUUAUACAAUGUGAAUAUAUAUAAAGAGAACACUUUUAUUUGUGGAUAUUAUGGGGAAAAUGAUUUGGUUAAUAAAGUCCUUAGUCUUGUUUGCA